AUGUUUAAUUUCUUUUCUAGUUGUGCUUCUGACCCCACCCUGCAAACCUACAGCAUCAACGACAACAGCAAGGAACGCUUUGGGUUUGAGGCGUUCCGCUUUAUUAAGGAGGUGAAGACAGUGUACGUGCACUGUGAGGUGAUGGUCUGUAACGGCGCUGAUUCUGGGUCCCGCUGUGCACAGGGUUGUGUCAGGAGGGGUAAAAGAGCGGCUGAAGAGAUCGUCGACAUGAAGGGACGUCACAUGAUCUACCAGGGACCAAUCAUUCUGGAUGAUGACAAUGAAGAAACUGUGCGCCUGAGGAGUGACCAAGAGACUGCCUCUGGCCGCAACAGCGCACCCUGGGCCAUGCUGGCUGCAGGAGGAGGGCUGAUGGCGCUCGCCCUUGUCGUGCUGGGCGCCGCCAUCGUGCUGAAGCGGUCCCGCCGUGAGGAGUGGGCCUACCAGAGUCUGCCGGACAUGGCAGAGGACGGGGAGUAAGGGACGACCACAGGCUAGGAAUUGUGACGUUACGUCAACAUGUCGUGAUGAUGUUUUGCAGCUUGCAAUUUCGAAUGGAGUUGACCGAUAUAUUAGGAAAACCUGUCGGGCACGUCUUAGAUGUUUUACACUUGAUGUUGUUUUCAGUUCCCGCUAAAAACCAUGAUGUUUUCUUUUAAUCAGAGUUGAGUUUGGACGAAAUUCUAACCAAGACAAUGUUUGUUUAUAACGAUAAUUUUUUUUGGUUGCGUUGAAAUAGUUUAAUUUGAAUUGUUUAAGGAAGAAACAGUGGGUGCAUCUGGGGAAACAAAUGAAAAAAAGCACGUCAAAUGGUUCUUGCACCCUGUAUUGUUUGAAUUGUGUAAUUCCACCACUCGCCAAUUCCUAAAAUAUUUUCAUUGGUCAAAGUCUACUGUUAAGCAUAAAUCAAGAACACUUUAUAUUAAUCACCUUUCAUACAAGAUUAUACAUUGUUGCUUUCGGGUUGGUACACAAAUAACCGAUUUAUUUUUCGUUGAAAAAUUUGACUCAAUAUUUCCUUGAACAAUAAUGUAGCUACAUUAAAUUUGUCACAUUAAAACCUUUUUUUGGUGGCGUUCACCGAAAUGGCUUCAAAAACAUUUCUUCUUAAAAAUCUAUUGGUACAGAUUUUUUACGGCUGCUGAUUAUCGACGUUGUGUUAAAGGUCAUAUAACUCUGUUAAGUUUUUGUGUUUGAAAGUAUGAUAAAUUUCUUACUCGAUGAGUUAUUUACUCUAUGUUAUAACACAGAUAGAGCAUUAUACAGACAUGGAAGUUCUUUACAUUUAUUCCAGAGGUUUUCUUCGACCAGAGAAUGAUGUGUUAUCAUAACUUACGUCAGUCUUUUAAAUUUACGGUGGGGGUUUUCAGUCUUUUGUAGUAGUAUUUGGGCCUAUAUAGUCAUACAAACGUACCACUAGUACAUGACCA